GUGAAGUUGGUCGAGUAUUUAAACCAUCAAGUCAACUUCGUGGCACAUAUAUACAAAAAGGAAAAGAAGCAGGACAUCGAGUUGAUAUUACAUUCGACACAAAUAUUCCAUCGUUAAAUCCUGAUCAAACUGGCGUAGUGAGCGAUAUCAAAUGCACCAAUAACAAACAAGGUGAUGACAUCAUCACUCUUACCAUAAAAGAUAGUGAUAACAUAAAAAUGGUGGAUAAUUGGCCAAGGGGAGAUUUGAUGCUAUUAAUUAGUCAUGAAUGGGAGUGCUUCGGUAACAAGACGACGCAAUUCUUUUUGGCUAAUAAUAAAACAAUUGAAGCAGACAAAUUAUUGGUGCACUUUACCACAAAACCAUGUGACGUAUUAAAAUGGUCAAAGUCAUUUUCAUUCGAUCUAUCAUGGGAAAAACCCACCACCUCGACAUCAUCGACAAAUGAUAAGAAUAAACAACGUCGUCGUCGUAAGCAUCGUCGAAAUCAUCGUCGUGGAUUGGCCAAGGUUUUCGACGAUAGCGGCGCGGUGAAUGUGGAUAAGUCGAAUACAAUUGAUCUUAGUAUGUUGUAUAAUGCAACGACGGGGAAAUCAUCGCAUCCAAAUAUUCCACUAAUUAAAACUGGACAAUCGAUCGGAAGCAAUGGAACGGGAACAGGAGAAUCUUUAGUUUGCGCUAAUUGUUAUGUUAAUGGACAGGCAGCGAUUUCAUUGCACAUUGAAGGAACUACUUUACCAAAUCCUCAAAUUACAAAUGCAACAAUCUCAAUGGAUGGUAAUUUGAAUUUCAAUUUCGAUCUUUCAAUCAACGGUGAAAUCGGUGUGACUCCCAGUACUCCUGAUAUCCAAAUAUUUGAGCUUCCAUUGAGCCCGUUGGGGGUUCCCAAUGUAUUUAAUAUUGGACCAUCUUUAAUAUUAGCCGCUUCCGCUCAAGUAUCAACUUCUGUCACGGGAACUGUUUACACCGGUGGAUCAAUUUCAUACCCCCAUUUUCACAUGAGCGCUUCUUUACUUGACGAUAAAAACCCAAACUUUCAACAAUUUGGAUUCGACGCGACAACAACACCAAAAGAUCCCUCAGUCGGUGUCACCGUAUCAACCGGAAUCGCUGGUUCAUUAAAACCGCAAAUCGCUCUAAGUGUUGAUAUCAUGAAUGGAUUAUUACAAGCUAAAACUGGAUUCCAAGUUAUUACUACUUUGGGUGCUGAUAUCACUGUGGGAUCUGAAUCUGGUUGUAAUAAUCCCAAACAGCCACACAUUGAAACCGCAUUAACUGGUGGAUUAGGUUUCUUUGUUCAGAGUUUCAAUUUACCUACUCUUAACUUCCCAAAGAAAGUUAUCGCAGAAACAUGUGUCUAA